AUCUCUCCUUAAAACUGCCGUCUCGUGAUCAUUUUGCUCAACGUCGUCGUAUUAUAGCUUCUUCAACCGAUCUCUGCAUAUCAAACCUCACUAAUUCACAAAUGCUCGCUCGAUUAUUUAUUUUAAUAUUAUUCUUUCUAAAAGAAUCGUCUUGGAAAUAAUUUAAAAAAAAAAAAACACGCAGAUAUCUUUUUUUCCUCGCCGAUAAUUUACGUAGAUCGUGCUUGCGUCUCUCCCUCAAUUUGAUUCAUUUUUACUUUUACAAUAUCUCUCUUUCGUUUUCUUUUUUCCCUCUGAAAAUUUACGCAAUGUGGAAAUUUGAAUUCUAGGUUUGAUUUUCUCAACGUGUUCUUCAAUGAGGAUUCAGAUUGAAUUAACGGAAUCGCCGAUUUUCCGAUUCUGAUAGUAAAGAUGAGCUAUCAAGUGACAUAGUUUAGACUGAUCUCGCGGAAUCAAGGAUUGUCUUCUAAUCUCCCGAUUCUGCGAGAUUUUCUGUUUUUUUUUAUUUUUUUAAAUCUUUUUUAUAGAACAAGGUUUUCAAUUUUUAGAGAGUAAAUUUGGCGGGGUGUGAGGGCAAAAAUGUCAUCGAAGGUGGUGUACGAAGGAUGGAUGGUGAGGUAUGGAAGGAGGAAGAUCGGGAGAUCAUUUAUUCAUAUGCGGUAUUUCGUGCUCGAGUCUCGCCUUCUGGCUUACUACAAGAAGAAACCUCAAGAUAAUCAGGUUCCCAUCAAGACCUUGUUAAUUGAUGGAAAUUGUCGCGUUGAGGAUCGAGGCUUGAAGACUCAUCAUGGACAUAUGGUUUAUGUUUUGUCUGUAUACAACAAGAAAGAGAAGUACCAUAGAAUCACGAUGGCAGCAUUUAAUAUUCAAGAGGCAUUAAUAUGGAAGGAAAAAAUUGAGCUUGUAAUUGAUCAGCAUCAAGAUUCACAAGCUGCAAAUGGUAACAAAUAUAUUUCUUUUGAAUAUAAAUCUGGGAUGGAUAAUGGGAGGACUGCUUCGUCUUCAGACCGUGAAAGCCAGUUUAGUGCACAGGAAGAUGAAGAUGAUGCAAAUCCAAAUUUGAUGCGGCGAACAACAAUUGGAAAUGGUCUUCCUGAUUCGAUAUAUGACUGGACGCGGGAGGUUGACUCAGAGUUAUCAAACCAGAAUGCAAAUAAUCAAGCAUUUUCUCGAAAGCAUUGGCGUCUUUUGCAGUGCCAAAAUGGACUCCGCAUUUUUGAAGAGCUUCUUGAAGUUGAUUACCUUCCGAGAAGCUGUAGCAGAGCAAUGAAGGCUGUAGGUGUUGUGGAGGCUUCAUGUGAAGAACUAUUUGAGCUUGUUAUGAGCAUGGAUGGAACACGAUUUGAGUGGGAUUGCAGUUUCCAGUACGGUAGCUUAGUUGAAGAGGUUGAUGGGCAUACAGCUAUACUCUAUCAUAGACUUCAGCUGGACUGGUUCCCUAUGUUUGUGUGGCCUCGGGACCUUUGCUAUGUGCGCUAUUGGCGUAGAAAUGAUGACGGGAGUUACGUUGUGCUGUUCCGUUCUAGGGAGCAUGAGAACUGUGGUCCACAACCAGGAUAUGUGCGAGCUCACGUCGAGAGUGGAGGGUUCAAUAUUUCUCCACUGAAACCUCGAAAUGGGAAGCCCAGAACACAGGUGCAGCACCUUAUGCAGAUUGAUCUUAAAGGAUGGGGUGCGGGUUAUAUUUCAAUGUUUCAACAACACUGUCUUCUUCAGAUGUUAAAUAGUGUUGCUGGUCUGCGUGAAUGGUUUGCUCAAACGGAUGAAAGGGGUGCUCCUCCAAGAAUCCCUGUUAUGGUCAAUAUGGCUUCAGCUUCUGUUUCUUCUAAGAAGAAUCCAAAGCUGCAUGAGUCAUCUGUUCAUCCUACCCAAUCUCUUGAUCAGAUGACUUCUGCGGGCAGAAACUCUAUGAUGGAUGAAUACUCUGAUGAGGAUGAAGAAUAUCAAAUAGCCGAUUCAGAACAAGAGGCAUACCAAACAAAGAAUGAGAAUGACAUCAAGAGAACAGCCUUGGAAGAAGAGCCAGUCCAUCGGAUUGAUUUAUCUUGUUUUUCGGGAAAUCUGCGACGUGAUGACCGUGAUAAUACUCGUGACUGCUGGAGAAUUUCUGAUGGAAACAAUUUCAGAGUUCGUAGCAAGCAUUUUUGUUAUGACAAAACAAAGAUUCCUGCAGGGAAACAUUUAAUGGAUCUUGUUGCAGUUGACUGGUUCAAAGACACAAAGAGGAUGGACCAUGUUGCUAGGCGCCAAGGAUGUGCUGCACAAGUUGCUUCAGAACAAGGGCUUUUCUCAGUGGUCUUUAAUCUUCAAGUUCCUGCUUCAAUGCACUACAGUAUGGUAUUUUAUUUUGUGACUAGGGAAUUAGUACCCGGAUCCCUUCUACAACGGUUCAUUGAUGGUGAUGAUGAAUUUCGCAACAGUAGACUGAAGCUUAUCCCUUCGGUUCCUAAGGGAUCAUGGAUUGUGCGCCAGAGUGUUGGAAGCACCCCUUGUUUAUUGGGAAAAGCAGUUGAUUGCAACUACAUUCGUGGUCCCAAGUACUUAGAAGUUGACGUUGACAUUGGUUCUUCUACUGUUGCUAAUGGGGUUUUGGGCCUUGUGAUUGGUGUGAUCACGACAUUGGUGGUUGAUAUGGCUUUCCUUGUACAGGCAAAUACAACAGAUGAAUUACCAGAAAGGCUGAUUGGCGCAGUACGUGUUUCUCAUAUAGAGCUGUCGUCUGCAAUAACCCCGACGCUAGAACCAGAUACAUCAUGACAGAAACAAUUUACCUCAGCUGAUUUAUUCCACCAAAAAAAAAAAAAAAAAUCAUUUGUUUAGGUAUAUUCAUGUAUUUUGAUCCCAUUUUCAUUGUAAUUUCUCAUUUACUUUAAUGGAAGUCAUUGGUGUUUCUGGAUGGGCUAUUGCCUUGGG